AUGGUUUACACUUCUUACCUUGACGUGGGAAUUCUUAGGGAUGUCCUCUUAUCAAAUGCUGGAUUUCAAUUGUCGUUUGUCGUUCCUGCUUACUUGAUAGGACGAGCGACCAAUUACAUGGAAGCAAAGGAUCUCGUUUGGGGAAUUGGACAAAGUGCAAGUGUUUGGUGGGCAGCAAUUGGGCGUCAUAUGAUUGCCGGUGUUCCCAUUGCUACCAUACUCAAAUCUCUGACUCGGUCUGGCUGGCUUUUGUUGACUGGAGCUACAUUAUGGGGAGUUCGAUUAUCAUAUCGAGUAGCCUCAAGAGCUCUUAAACGUGGAAAAGACGAUUCAAGAUAUGAACAACUCAAAAAUGAAUCUUCCGGAUGGACGAAAUCAUUGUUUUCAAUGUAUCUUCCUGAAGCAAUCGCUCAAGCUAUUAUCACAUUACCACUCACAGUUCCUUUCCGCGCUUCACUUCCAACUAUUACUCCUAUUCGAGGUAUCGAGAAUUACCUCCAUGCUUUCGCUAUCUUCCUUUACACCUCAGGUUAUGCCAUUGAAGCUUUAGCAGAUUAUCAACUUUCGGUAAAUCAAGAAUCUAAGAAUCCCAAUCUGUUGACAGAGGGAGUUUGGAGCAUUGUUCGUCAUCCCAACUAUCUGGGUGAUAUCCUUAUUCAUGCAUCUUUCCCGAUCCUGCUUUAUGCCAACGGACUAUUCAGUCCAAUCACUCUCCUAGGUCCAAUCGCUAAUUGGUUUUUCCUGCGCUUCAUAAGUGGAGAUAAGGAAAAUGAGGCUAAUCAAGCGGCUCGUUAUGAGAAGAACAAUCCAGAGAAAAAGGAAGAGUUUGACGCAUUCCGUGCAGAGAAGAAUUCUGUAUGGCCAGAUCUCAGAGAAGUGAAGAAUAAGUGGACUUGGAUAGUACUGGCUAUUGGCUCUUCAGGGGUUUUGACAGAGGCGGUCGUAUCCAGUCUGUUGUAA